AUGUUAAAGCUCUACAGCCAUAGACUCUUGAUAGAAUUAACAUAUUGGUCUGAUAAAGACACGACAAAUAUGCAAUGGGGUACGACUAAAGAAGCAUUUAUCCUAGAAGGCGGCGAAGAUUUUGAUCAAAACGCUGUUGAACAUUUUAUUCAGUUAUUUAAAACGAGAACAGGACUAAAUGUACGCAAUAGUAAUCGUGCAGUACAAAAAUUACGUCGUGAAGUGGAAAAAAGUAAACGAAUUUUAUCCGCACAAGUUGAAACAAGAAUUGAGAUUGAAUCAUUUUUUAAUGAUAAAGGUUUCUCAGAAAUAUUUACACGUCCUAAAUUUGAAAGUCUAAAUGUGGAUCUGUUUCGUUCUACAAUCACUCUAACCGGCCCAAAGUGGGAAGUGAGGUAA